AUGAGGUUCUAACUAUUUAGUCUUAUCUUAAUCUGUUUUGUCUAUUGUGGUAAUUUAAUUUAAGGUAACAAUAGAUUGGGAAAUUUACAAAUCUGAACUAUUCGAUGCUCCAUCAAGUGUGGAUUGGAUUGGACUAAAUUCAGAUUCGACGACGAGUCCAUUAACUCAAAUCAAUCCAACUCUUUGUACGCCGACAUCUUCUACAUACUUGGCAGAAGGAAAGGAGAAAAUUUGGAGAAAAAUCUAAAUGCCAAACAAUAGAAAAUUCUCUGCUAUCAGAAUUGAGCUAGAUUUUUAUUAUAUUGACUCGAUGAAGGCAGUCAGCACUAAACUAUACUUGAAUUAAGUUAUGGUCAAUGAAAAUGUUUAAACAUAAAUUGAGUUAUCAACUCCAACUCCAUUAAUCUAUUGUAAUCGACCUGGAAAUAAUAAUUCUGCAGAUAGCUCUGUGUUUAGAUUCAAUCAUUUUGAAGAAUUUAGGGAUAACUAAAUUGACAUACUAAUUGAAACAAUUGGGUUUCAACCUGUUAUCAUAUAUGCAUUAUCUGGAUUUUAUUUGUAUGUUUAAUUUUGUGAUAAAAACUGUGAGUUAUGUAAUUAUACUGGAGAAUGUGA